AUGGGAAAUAAAUCAACAACUCAGAUCUAUAAUUCAACAAAAGAAACAGUUAAGAUUUUAUUACAUGAUACGGAAAACAAUCCAACUGAUACAAUAAUAGGACCUCGUGAAAUAUGGAGUAAAGAAACUGCAGCUGGCUGGAAUACAGUUAUGAUAAUACCAUUGAAUGAUAAUCAAGAACGAUUUUCAUAUAGCCUUGAAUCUAACAAAAACUUAAUAAUUAAAAGAAAAUUAGAAAAAUUAAUCUUAGUUCCAUCGAUAAAUUCUCCUACAGUGGAAAUGGAUCUUACACUUGGCAAUUAUAAAAGCGCGGAUUAUUGGUGGAAUUGUCCUCCCCAAUUUAAUGCAGAAUUACUAGGCUUAGGUGCAAGCGGAUGUUUAGUCUUCAACGAAUCGAAUGAAUCAAUACGAGUUCGUAUUAGUGAUUUCAAUGAUCGUAAUACUGAUAUGAUUUUAGCUCAUGGCGAACAUAAUAUAGUUCAAACACCAAGGAAAAUGACAUCUACUACUGUAGUGGUAUCCGUAUUAGAUUUCAAUUUAGUUAAUACUAACAAUAAUAUUAUUGCAAGGGCAAAAUAUUCAAUGACUCGUUAUAUGUAUGAAUAUCAUGGUGCUGCUGCUCAUGGCGCCGUCCUGUGGUAUUCAUCGUGGUACAACUUUUUGAGAAUAAUUAAAAAAGACGGAUACUUUGUAACUGAACAAGCCCGAACAAUCGAAGCAAAAGAUUUAUUUCAGUACGCUCGUCAAAAUGUCCCAUUUAGUUCUCUACUUAGUCGCGAAUUUAAUGGAAAAGUUUAA